AUGUCUUCCUCGGCCCCAUUCACGGCAUCGCCCACUUUCUCAAUUCCCAGUGAACGCCUCUACAUCUCUUACCUCUUACCUGACUCCCCCGAACACUGCGCCUUCCUCGUCAAGCUAUGGAACACUGGGGAGUUCAUCAAAACUUCCGGUCGUACCGGAAUUGACACCCCGGAGAAGGCCUCGAAUUUCCUUCGCAAUCGCGUCCACGCAGACUAUGCCCGAAACAACUACGGCAUCUUCCUGGUCUCGCUUAAACCAAAUGAGAACGCAACCCUGUCAGAGAGUACUCCCAUCGGUACCGUGUCGCUCAUGAAGGGCGAUAGCCCGGAUUCCUACCUGGCACCUGACAUCGGGUAUGCGAUUCUGCCAGAGGAGACCGGAAAGGGAUACGCCACCGAAGCGGCUGUUGCGUUGCUGGAGUAUGCGCGCAAAGAACUCGGGGUGGAUUCGGCAUUCGGAUUCUGUGCUCAGGACGACCGUCACAGCGCUCGAGUGUUGGAGAAGAUCGGGUUCGAGUUUCGAGGCGAGAAAAAGCUGAAGGUCUUUGGAGGCAAGGAAAGUGCUGUCUAUGUGCUUCCUGGGAUGAGUCAGGACCUGACGGUUUACAACCUGCAUGAUUGA